AUGGCGCCCAUGAUGAAUUACAGUAGUAAUUUAAGUAAUUACGGCGAGGACGCUGUCCAAAAGGUCAACGUCCUUGCCUCCGCCUACAUUGUCGACGCCUCCCUCGCCUCGCUCAAGGGACUCCACUACUGCACUACCGGGGCCGCAGGGGCCGAGUGCCCCCCCCUCGCCGCAUUAACCUCGUCCAACGACGUCGCCCUGUUCCCCAAGAAGAAGAGGAGCAGCGGCGCCGCGCGCACCCGGCGAGGGGGGGCAGCACUGUCGAUUAGGGAAGACUGUGAGAGAUUCUUCUGCGAGUCCAUGAAGACGGCCUUUCUUGGUGAGAGGGAGACGUCCAAGUAUGGCUCCGGCUACUCGAGUGCUUAUAACAACAACAACAACAACAACAACAACAACAACAACAACAACAACAACACAACUUCACUAUUGCCGACGCCGCCGCCCGACGACACCUUCCCGGCCUCCUUCCGGCGCGGGAGCGAUGUCGUCGCCCGUCCGAGCACCAACAAGGGCUUCCACGUUGAUGCUUGGAUGGAGGUCUGGGACUUUGCUGGCGGCGCCAGCUUCCGCGCCUUCGUCGCCGACAACGGCCACGAACGGACACUGUUCGUCUUCUUUGACUCCGAAGGCGCCAUGGCCAGGGAUCUGAAGAAGGGAUUGAUGGCUCUCAUUGAGCUGAGUGACGGCCCUCUUGACUGCUCCCACAUCGUCACUUGUCUUGACCGCCGCAUUCCUGGCCACGACGCCGUCGAGCUGACCAAGAGCCUGCAGUGGGUUGGCUUCGAGAUGACCACGCUCGACCACUGGGCAGGCGACUUCGACGUGACCAGCCGCGACUGGCUGUUUAUGGGUAUGGAAGUUUAG